CGGAAACGGACAGUGUCUCUGUUAGAGUUGCAAUCAUUCCGGCAAUGCCUUUGCAAGAGAGCCGGCCUGAAAAUAGAGGUUGCAAGACGGAUGGUUUUGCCUUGGAUCCCUGGGGUCCCUCGCUAACUCCAGCCAAGCUUUCCGCUCUCUGCUUGCCCCUCUUUACAUUCAGGCUGCAAAACCGGCCCAGGCUGCCCUUCUGCUGCCCUCUCCCACUGGCUGCAGGCCACCAACUGCCAAAUUGGGAUGGCCAUUCGCUCCCCGGGCUGGAGAGGAAGAGAAUGAGAUGACUGUCCUUUUGUUUUCGCUCCCCAGCUACUCAGUUUCCCAGCGAUGCUUCCAUGUACAGUAAUGAGCGGACACAACAUGGCUGCGGGAUGUGUUCUUCAGCACUCCUACGAAGUUGGCUCUUGCGGGGACUUGGAGGGCUUGCAGGCAUCCAGAGCUCCCAGCUGCUGCCGCCAAGCCAGUCUCUUAAUUCCCUGGCCAGCUCACACUGCCGGUGAAAGUGCUUUGCUCAGCCAAACUCGGUAUAGUAUGUAUGAAGCAGCGGAUGUGUUACCCUGCCAGGCAGAAAACAUCAAAAGUGUUCUUGUAUUUUUUUACCUCCUAAUUUGCAGCUGAAUGUCUUUAGUGCCAGAAGAUCCUGGGAGCUGGAUAACCGGCCUCUGCGAUGUUCAGACCCAUGACCGACAGCAGAGAGAGCCAUUUGUUCCGACUUAUGUAUGAAAAGUAAACAGCUGACUUGGGGCAGGCCACUCCUCUGUGAUAAUUUUUCUGCUUUGCAAACAAGCCAGGUUUCUGGAAUGUUAGAAUAAUACCUGAGGAGAGAGAAGCUCAAUUGCGAAAGCCAGUGCAAAGAUGCAGCCUCUGAGGCCUCAAACAUGUGGUGCACCAUCAGAGUGCCCUGAACUUGCCAUCCCAAGAGCUGAAUCGCUGUGUUUGCAUUUCUGAAACCGCUGCGUUAAAACUAGGAAUGGACAUUCGGACCAAAAUUCACUGGUCUUGGAGGACACUUAGAACCAUAAUGGGUCCUCAUGAAAUGCCUCUUCCCUCUGGGCCUAGGUUCGGAAGGAAGAACGUGAGCCAGGGAGAAAUGGAAUCGACUCCAGCGACUGCUGAUAGCUCUUAUCUUCUUAUGGGCACUACAAAGUGGCUGCGCCUGUUACAUCUGACUGGAAGAAGACCAGGUGGAUGACUGUGCAUCAAGUGCUGUUUGUCUUCCCUGCGUGACCGGCAGGAUGGCGCAGUGCAAAGGAACAGGCUGUGUUGCUCAGGCGUCAGUCCAAAUCAGAGUAACGGCGAAAGGCUCGGGCCAAUGUGAGCGAUGGAGUCCUCCUUCGGCAGUCUCAGGCGUGUGCGGCGGUGGCAGCGGGAUGCCGAGGUGCCCCUGCAGCGCCUCGCGAGAGAGGAGGCCCAUGUGGCCAGGAGCACGCCGGCGGCAAAGCCCGGGUCCUACGGAGUCAGCAUCCGGGUCCAGGGGAUCGAUGGCCACCCCUACAUUGUGCUCAACAACACCGAGGGGGGCUUGUCCGGAAACCCCCCGGCACCAGAAAAUGGCCAGGAGGUUGCAUCGGAGCCACCUGGUAGCCCAGCGACGGGCUCUGGCCCUGCUUCUGUGACUGAGGAGAAGGCUGGCGAGGACGGGCCUUUCUGGGAUCCUUUCAGUGCCCCCCCAAGUGUGUGGAGAAGCCUGAAGCAGAGCAGAGUGGACCGGGGCGAGGACAGCGCCUCCCUCUGCAGCUCCGGGCUGCCCGGGUCCUCCGGCCUGUUGAACUUCCAGAGGCACCCCGAGCUGCUGCAGCCCUACGACCCGGAAAAGAGUCUCCCAGGUCUGGCGGGCCUUCACCCAGCCCCGCCCAGCCUGCACAGGUGCCUUGCAGAUGAGCUGGGGGGAGACAGCGAGAGCCAGGUCUCCCCCCUGGAAGCCACGGCCUCCAAUAAAGCAACCCUGCAGUGUGCAGAGCUGUCCAAGCCAAAGCCCAAAACCGUGGACUUGACCAAGCCUGCCGUGACGGGAGAUUCAGGCCGGGAGGGUUUGGAACACCCCAGUGCCACUGGCAGUCCAAACGGGCUGCACGGGUCCCUUGAGUCGCUCUCCUCCAGCAGUGGGUCCCCCUGCACCGGGAGCCCCCCAGGCUGCCUGGAAGCCAGGAAGUGUCGGCCCGACCUCCUUCCCUUCCGCAGGCAGGACUCCGCCGGGUCGGUGCUGAGCGGCUCCUGGCGCUCUUCGUCCUCGGCCGCGCCAACCUCUGCCGCCUCCUUGUACCGAUUCCUGCUCGAUGACCAGGAAUACGCCAUCUAUGCUGACAACGUGAACCGGCACGAAAACAGGAGGUACAUCCCCUUCCUGCCUGGGACCGGCCGCGAUAUCGACACCGGAUCCAUUCCGGCCGUUGAGCAGCUCAUAGAGAAGUUUGGCAGAAGGGCCAGCCCACAGAGGAGAGGCCGGCUGGCGAUACGGAGCAGGGUUCAUCCGGAAGAUCGGAAGCGCUCCCGGAGUGUUGACAGUGCCUUACCCAGCGGCCUUACAGGGAACGGCGACUGUUUAGAUGAAGGUAGCAAAAGCCUGGGGGUGUCAUCCGAGCAUUUGCCGCAGCCCUCCGGAGUUUGCCCACCGAAGCCAUCCCCUCCGGACCAGACAUCGGCUGCGCUUGUGGGGUCAGCUGCCCCUCGGACCGUGAGCAAAGUCCGGGUGAUGGCAGGAGCGAGAGACUCUCCAGGCAACCCUUUCCAUUCUUUGCAGUACCACAAGCAAAGCAAGACCACCAGCGAGAGUUUUGUGCUCAGGUCCUCCACGCUUCCAACCCAGAAUAAAAAAGGGGAAAACAGAACAGUGACUUCCACUCUCUUGUUACCAAACCGUGUUGUGACUCAGAACAUUUCGGUGAAAACGCGGGCUUCUGCCUCGAACGCUCAGGUGACUCCCGAUCUGCUGGAGGGCCAACGGGAACUGGCGCAGCAGACCAACGAGGAAGCAGCCAAGCAGAUCCUCUACAGCUAUCUCAAGGAAGGAAGCAGUGAAACAGAUGAUGCAACGAAGAGGAAAGUCAACCUAGUCUUUGAGAAAAUCCAGACUCUGAAGUCCAGAGCAGCUGGGAGCACGCAGGCUUCUGAACUGUCUGCAGAACUCAAAGCCCUGGUGGAGCAGAAGAAGGAGCUGGAGAAGGAAGUUUCGGAGCUGCAGAGGAGGCUGGCGUUGGAGGGCAGGAAUCAGCGCAACCUCCGAGAGGAACGGGAUGCAGCCAGAACGGAGCUGCAGGGGCUGCGGCAGCAGCUAGAGGCCGGCCUGGAGGAGCGAGAUGCCCUCCAGAGGCAGCUGGAGGAGAGCGAGAAGGAGCUGCGGCACCACCUGGAGGAGCUCUUCCAAGUGAAGAUGGAGAGGGAACAGCAGCAGGCGGAGGUCCGGGACCUGCAGGGCCAGCUCUCGGAGAUGCACGACGAGCUGGACGGCGCGAAGCACGUGGAGCAACGCGGGCGGGAGCUGCUGCUCGAGGAGCUGGCGCGGCUGCAGGGCGACCUCCAGGCGCUCCUGGCGGCCAGGGAGCAGCAGGAAGAGGUGCACCGCAAGCGAGAGCGGGAGCUGACGGCCCUGAAGGGCGCCCUCAAGGCUGACGUGUCCAGCCACGACCAGGAGAUGGACCGGCUCAAGGAGCAGCACGGCCAGGAGCUCCGUGUCCUCCGGGGUGCUUUGGAGGAAGCCACCAAGGAGGUGGCCGCCCUGUCCCGCGCCCAGGCCGAGGCCGAGCAGCUGCACAGCGGUGCAGAAGAGCGUGCAAGAGAGGCAGCGGAGCGGGCCCAGCAGCUGGAGAAAGCCCUGCGCGAGCUGGAGGGCCAGCAGGAAGCGCUCAGCUGGGAGCUGGAGGGCUUGAGGCGAGACAGAGACAGCAUGGAGGAACGGAUGCUCUUCCACCAGAAGGAGCAGCAGCGUGUGGCGGAGGCCCUGGCGCAGGCGGAAGCAGCCACGGAGGAGCUGGCGCACGCCAAGGCCACGCUGGAGGCCCGGCUGGAGGCUGCCCAGAAGGACCUCCAGCAGCUGGGCCAGGAGCAGCAGCAGCUGGCGGACCGGCUGAGGGACGAGGUGAGCCAGACGGACCAGCUGAGGAGGGUGAAGAGCGAGCUGGAGGCCGAGCGGCGGCAGCUGGACAAGACUAUCGAGAAACUGCACGCGGAGAUGGCAGAAAUUGUCGAGGUCUCCCGGGCAUCCACCUUGGAGCUCCAGAACCAGCUUGAUGAAUACAAGGAGAAGAAUCGCCGGGAACUUGCUGAGACGCAGAGGCAGCUGAAGGACAAAAACCUGGAGUUAGAAAAGGCGUGCCUGACGGCCAUCAAACUGCAGGAGGAGGUCCGUUUUAUGGGGGAACAGUCGCGGGACCACCAGAGAGCCCAAGAGGAGUCUCUGACCAGGACGCAGCUCCUGGAGCAGACCGUGAAAGCCCUGGAGUACGAGCUGGAAGCCAAGAACCACUUGAAGGAAGAUCGGGCCAGACAAGCAAAGAUAAUGGAGGAGAAGAUCUCCCAGCUGGAGACGGAGCUCGAAGAGGAACGGAACAAUUCGGAUGUCUUGUCGGAGAGGAUCGGCAGGUGCCGCGAACAGAUGGAGCAAGUGAGGAGCGAGCUGCUUCAGGAAAGGGCUGCCAGGCAGGAGCUGGAGUGCGACAAGAUCUCGCUGGAAAGACAGAACAAGGACCUGAAAAGCCGGAUUCUCCACCUGGAGGGGUCGUACCGGUCCAGCAAGGAUGGGCUCCUCACUCAGAUGGAAGCUAGGAUCCUGGAGCUGGAGGAGCGGCUGGAGGCUGAGGAGAGGGAGCGGGCCAACCUGCAGUUGACCAACCGCCGUCUGGAAAGGAGGGCGAAGGAGCUCCUGAUGCAGGUGGAUGACGAGCAUCUCUCCCUGACGGACCAGAAGGACCAGCUGAGUUUGCGCCUGAAGGCGACGAAGCGGCAGGUGGAGGAGGCCGAAGAGGAAAUAGACCGACUCGAGAGCGACAAGAAGAAGCUCCAGCGGGAGCUGGAAGACCAAGUGGACUUGAAUGAGCAGCUGCAAGGGCAGCUGAGCGCCAUCCGGCAGGAACUCAGGCGCAAGAAGACCUCCAGCAAGCUGCUGAGCGACCUCGACGACGACGACGACGAUUUCAGCACUGAUGGGGAGAGCCUUUACGAAGCCCCGUCGGGGUUUAAGUUCUUGAGGGACAGCGACACCAAGAGCUAAAGGAAGCCCGCUGCGAACAUGCAGACACGACGGCCGAAAGCACGGACCAGCAGGUCCCCAGGGCCGGGGCUGUAGGCACCUCCGUGCUGGGCAAAGUGUAUAUACCCUCCAGAACACGCUGUUUGCAGGCCUAGAUAGUCCCGAAAUAAACGCUCUGACGCAAAGUGGGCCUCCCCCCAGACCGCUGCCGCAGGGCUGCUGCCCCCUCGUUCUGCCGCCACUCCCCGCGAGAGGAAGGCUCUGCCGGAGCCGAGGACUCGGCUCCCCGCCGGCGCGGACCUGCCCCGGAUGCUGCCCCUGGGAGAGGGAGGGCGCCGCAGGGGUCUUUGGAUAGAAGUCCCUAGAGGAAGGGCUGCGUGGUGAAGGAUGCGUGUGUUUCCAAUCAGGUAUUUCUCGGACCAGUUUUCACCGUUUUUGUAACACGCCCUGGUUUUUAUAGAGCACGGGAUGGGCAGCAAUCAUUCUCGGUAAUCGUGCCGUUUCAAGCACAUGGCGUUCUGUGUGUGCCGUGAAGGCUCUGGGUGGUCCCUGUGAGAUCGGGGCAAGUGAGGGGUUGGAAAGGGCCAGGCGACCCACGUGCUGCAAGCCCCCCACCCAGCGGCCUCGGCUCAGGGGGCUUUUGUGGCCGGCGGGAGGGCGGGACCAGCAGCACCCCAGGGUGGGGGUCUGGACCCUCUCCGGCCUUCUGCCUGUUGAGUUGUGGGGAGCUGCACCUCUGCUGUGAGCGUGUGGCCCGAGUGUUGCUGUGACCCAGCCAAGCGCCCUGCCCCGGGACUGGCGCAAGGGCCUUGCUGUGAGAAGCCCCCGAGCUCAAGGAGAGCAGGGGCACUCCCCGCUGGAGCCCACCACACCCCUGGGGCCCAAGCGGCGCGGCCGGAGGGGUGUUCAGCCGCAUCACGCUUCCUGCCGUGCAUUUCGGGGAUCCCCCACGGCGGGGCCCGCAAGGGACAUCUGUGAUGCGCUUGCAGGGAAAGGUGUUUCCCUCUGUGCCCUUGGAGUUUUGUCCGCAGGUGCCUGCAGACCUCCUCCAGAGGGGCUUCCGUGUGCUUUUGGGGCUGUGCUUGCAGGCCGCUGCAAUCCAUUCCCCGUCCUCCGUCCCCUUUCUUGGCCUCACGACCAUCCUUGCAGCUUCUCUGCUUUACGGAAGGGGCCUCCUGCGAGCUGCGCACGAGCGCGGGAAUGAGCUGCACACGGGGUGCGGUGGCUGGGGCUGCUUGAGAAGCGGGUCUGCCCUGGGCUGCCAGGCUUCAAGCUGCCAAGAUUGGGUUGCCGCUGCCUGGGCGCGUGGCCCCAGGGCAGAGUGCGGAUUUUCAGAAACAGCCGUUCAGAGCAGCAAGGUCCUGGCAGGAACAAGGCGCAGACACGUUUCUGCAAGGUUGCCAGCCGAUGGGCCUGUGGUCAGUGCUUCUGAAGGAGCAGGGCUCCCUGUGGCGCGUGACUGGUGAGCUAUGCCUGGUGGAGGAGAAAGGACACCUGGGCUGGGCCAGGCUGGGCCGUGGGUGUUUGGGGCGUGACUAGCUUGGAAUGGGGGCGUGGGCAGUGCCACGCGUGGCAGCUUGCGGUCUGGUGAUGUGUGGAACAAGCCCAUUCCUGUGUGCCCCAAAGAGGCCACACCCUUGAGUAGAAGCAGAUGACCCGGGUGGGCCAGCUGGGUGCUGCAUGUCUGGAAAGGCCGCUGCCAGCCAGAGCAGGUCAGCCUGAGCUGGGCAGUCUGACUUGGUAGCGGGGGGUCGGGCACUCCUGCAGGGCAGUUCUGCCCGUUGAAGUGAACACGGCCUGUGAAGGAGCACAGCAGAGCGGCGCAAGUGUCAUGAGGCUAGGCGGCACGUCGGUCUUUCCGCCUCCAGCGCCGGCCUGGUGCUUCCUCCUGGAAAGCACCCGGUGGCCGGUGGCCAGGGAGCAUAGACGCCGCAGCAAGACUCCCCCGCCUCAAGGGAAAGGUGUUCAUGGCGGCAAAUCAGAACAACCUGCAUUUUGGGAAUGCAAGCUUUCCGGUCGGUGCUCCCACCUGCUCUCUCUUCCUGUCCAGAAGGCUGAUGGGAUGCAGAGUACACUCUCCUGUGAUAGCAUUUUAGGAGGGAAAGGGAACCUGGAAGCCUGUUGUGUUGACAAUCGAAGAAACCAUCUCGCGUGAUUUGAUUUUUGUUGUGAAACUAACAUAGAGACUUCACUUCACACUCACUUCAAGCUCUCCUCCUCCUGCCUUAACUAGGACAGAAUCUGCUGGGAGGGUCCCACAUGCCGCCCUUCUUAGCGCAAGGGCUCCUGUGGGAGAAACACCCUGGCGGAUUGUGUCCAUAAACUGAUCUGCUCAAGCCAUUUGUGGGAAGAUCAUGUGAUUUUUGCAGCUACCUCCAGUUGUGCUAAACUUAAAAGACAUUUUGGAAUAAACUGCAUUGGCUAAA